UACAAACCUUGAAAGAAAGAAAGAAAGCAUCCACGGUGUUAGUUAAACUCUCAUCAUCAUCAUCAUCAUCUUCUUCUUCUUCUCUAUAUAAACCUUUUGUUUCAUUGGUAUGGCCAGCCUUUCUCUAGCUAUCUCUUUCAUGGUUCUUUAUCUGUGCCUUCUUCUAUCUCUUUCGCCUGCUUAUUGCCAUUAUUUUUAAUUAUCUUUUUUAUCCUACCAUAUAAGAACCAAUCUGUACGUAAUUGAUUCCCAAGAUUGUGUUAGCGUAACCCAAGAAAAACUAAAACUAGAACUAGAACUAGAACUAGAACUAGAAAAGGAAGAUUUAAAGCAAGCCCUCACGUACCCUUUUCUCUUUCAAUUCACCAACUUACAAAAUUUGAUUCAUUUCUAGUUGAAGUUUUUUUUUUCCCCUUUACGUACAUACAUAAGUCUUUGGAAGAUGGCUUGUUUGAUCUCUCGCUCAGGAAGGGAGUUGCAGAGAUAUGAUAACCAGGGUCGCCGCCAAGUUGUAGGAUGCAUUCCAUAUAGAUUCAAGAAUUGCAGCGAUGGCUCCAUUGGUGAUGAACUGGAGGUUCUUGUCAUCACUUCACAGAAGGGUCAAGAAAUGAUGUUUCCCAAGGGUGGCUGGGAGCUUGAUGAAUCUGUGGAAGAAGCAGCUUCUAGGGAGUGUCUUGAAGAGGCUGGAGUUCUUGGCCAUGUUGAGGAUGAACUAGGCAAAUGGAACUUCUUGAGCAAAAGGCAUGGCACAUUUUAUGAAGGGUAUAUGUUCCCUUUGCUAGUCACAGAGCAACUUGAUCUCUGGCCAGAAAAACAUGUCCGUCAAAGAAUAUGGAUGACUGUGGAGGAAGCCAGAGAUGUAUGUAGACAUUGGUGGAUGAAGGAAGCCUUGGACAUACUAGUUGAGCGGCUAACGUCUCUGCAACAACCAAAGGAAGAAAAUGAUGUACUGUCAUGCCCUCUAAGCUAGGGGAAGAUUGAAUUAACUUUGUACAUAAUAACAUGUUGCUUAUAGAGCAAAUUAAUGAGCUAUUUAGGGCAAAAUGUAUCGAUCCAAGGUUGAUAAUUGUAGAAAAUAUAUAAAAUUAAUUAAGAUAUAAUGUUCAUGUUUAUCUUUA